UGUACAGUGGGAUUGAGCGCGUCUCGGGGACUUGCACAGAAACAUUUUAAUUCGAUUUCAUUUUCCAGAAUUAUCUAGAGGAAAAAUUCCCUUCAACUAGCUUGACAGGAUUGAAAUGUUACAGUUUAGGUUCUCAACAGUGCUGAAGGAGUUGUUUCAAUCCAACCUUAAGCGUCCUUUGACAGGUAUUACCAGAAAUAAAACGUCACCAGACACCUACUGCUUUAGUACCGCCUGUCCCGAUGUCAACGUGUUAUCUAAACUGAAGACCUUCCAUGCCGGAGGACGUCGACCUUUACUGUACCCCUCCACGGGGGUCAGAUCCCUGUGCACGAAGACCGAAGGCGCGGUAGCGGCGACUGAGCAGACGAAUAAAGAUGGAACCGGCAAAGAGGCAGCGACAGAGAAGAGAAGGAAAGCGGGCAUCCUGCCCAGUCUGGAGGACCUGCUCUUCUACACCAUCGCCGAGGGCCAGGAGAAAAUACCGGCGCACAAGUUCAUCACGGCACUGAAGGCCACUGGACUGCGGACAGGUGACCCGAGGCUCAGGGAGUGCAUGGAGAUGCUGAAGGUCACCUUGAAGUCCACCUCUGAUGGAGUCAUGCUGGACCGACACCUCUUCAAAAAGUGUGUCCAGAGCAACAUCGUCCUGCUGACCCAGGCGUUCCGUAAGAAGUUCGUCAUCCCCGACUUCCUGUCCUUCACGUCCCACAUCGAUGAGCUGUACGAGAGUGCCAAAAAACUGUCUGGGGGGCAGGUUGCUGACUAUAUUCCCCAGCUUGCCAAAUUCAGCCCUGACCUGUGGGCGGUGUCUCUGUGCACAGUGGAUGGGCAGAGGCACACGGUGGGGGACACCAAAGUCCCGUUCUGCCUGCAGUCGUGCGUGAAGCCCCUGAAGUAUGCCAUCGCUGUGCACGACCACAGCACCGAGUAUGUGCACAGGUUCAUCGGGAAAGAGCCCAGCGGCCUGCGCUUCAACAAACUCUUCCUGAACGAGGACGAUAAACCCCAUAAUCCCAUGGUGAAUGCUGGUGCCAUUGUAUGUACUUCUCUCAUAAAGCAAGGGGCGAGCAACGCUGAGAAGUUUGACUAUGUCAUGAACUUUCUCAAUAAAAUGGCCGGUAAUGAGUACGUGGGUUUCAGCAACGCCACAUUCCAGUCAGAGCGCGAGUCAGGAGACCGGAAUUUCGCCAUUGGCUAUUACCUGAAGGAGAAGAAGUGUUUUCCUGAAGGGACAGACAUGACCUCCAUCCUGGACUUCUACUUUCAGCUGUGCUCCAUCGAGGUGACAUGUGAGAGUGCCAGCGUCAUGGCAGCCACGCUGGCGAACGGCGGGUUCUGUCCAAUCACGGGCGAGCGUGUGCUGAGCCCCGAGGCAGUGCGGAACACUCUGAGCCUCAUGCACUCCUGCGGCAUGUACGAUUUCUCCGGACAGUUCGCCUUCCAUGUGGGCCUGCCGGCAAAGUCAGGCGUGGCGGGCGGGAUUCUGCUGGUGGUGCCCAACGUGAUGGGCAUCAUGUGCUGGUCUCCUCCGCUGGAUAAGCUGGGCAACAGCGUGAGGGGCAUCCAGUUCUGCACGGACCUGGUUUCCCUGUGCAACUUCCAUAACUACGACAACCUUCGGCACUUUGCAAAGAAAAUGGAUCCUCGCAGGGAGGGCGGAGACCAGCGGCAGCACUCCUUUGGACCCAUGGAUUACGAGAGCCUUCAGCAGGAGCUAGCUCUCAAAGACACUCUGUGGAAAAAGGUCUCCCCCACGGAGAGCAAUGAGAACAGCUCCACCACUGUAGUCUAUAGGAUGGAGGGUGUCGGAGACCGCAACUAAAGGGCAAGGACCUUCUCACUGACACGUCAGUGGGUGGGAGGGGGGACUGGGUGGGGUUAGGAGGGAGUGGGAGGAGUCAGUCACUCCCUCAACAGCCUCUCCUGUCCCUGCUAUUCAUAUUUAUGUAAAUUAUCAACAUAGCUAUUUAUUUUUGUCCGGUCUGGUGGAUUGUAAAUGUCAUUGUUUAAUUCCACUCUCUUGCUUAAGUUACUGGCGCUCUUAAUUUACUUCCUAGGGGAGGGGUGGGUUUUCAGCUUCAGAGCUCCCUGCAGGAACAGCCGCCAGCCUCAGAAGGGCUUGUCGGAAUGGCUGGAUAGCAGAGCUGAGGUUGUUCCGCAGUUUGUUUGUAGCCUUUUUUAAUGUUACUCAUUUGUCAUCAACUUAAAAAAACCAAAGCAAGCAAAGGGGGAUUUGAAGUGCAUAGACAUACAGUUGAAAGUGCGCUGACAUUAUAGGCUGUUGGGUUGUUUUUAUGCAUGUUGGUAGCAGACAAUCAGAAAGCAGAAGGCAGCACAUAAAGUGAGAAAUAUAUUCAGCCUCUAAAUGGCUUUUUCACAAAAAGUGCUAUAUUACAUUAGGACAGAGCAGCAUCUCUGAAUGGCUUUUGAAAUUAGUGCUCUAUUUUAAGCACCAUGCCGUUGUUCACUUUUAUUUCUGCCUGAGAAAAGCCAGAAUGGUCAAAACGUGUUAGCUUGCUGCUCUGUUCCUAGUAGCCAUUCACUGACACUGUUAAGUUUAGAUUUUUAGCUCUUUUUGGGGGAUCCUCAGCGCUGGUUAGAGGCGCAAUAAAUGUGACUGUCUCACUUUAUGGAUGGCCUUUCCUGUCUUUUUGAUUGGUUGCUGUCAUUUUGAGGGACCUCUUUUUUUUCAGCUGCCCUAUGAUUGCUAUGCAUUUUGUGGAAUGUUUCUCUCAUUCAGUCUCUGUAUAUAUUCCUGUACUGGCAAGCACCUGUUUUUCAGUCAGCAGAGUUCUGAAGGGCUGAUCAGUGCACUUGGGCUGGCCCGCACACUUCAAUGGUUAUGGUUACAGCAGGUCACGGUCACUGCGGUUUGACCACAGAGAAAGGCAGAGAAAUUCCCCACAAACUGUAGACUGAUCUUACUGCCUAGGAGAGAGAAGAACACUCCCAUUACGCUCACGGCUGAUUGGCUUAGGACAGCAAGAUCUCCCACCGUACACGCCAUCGUCUUGCGAUAUGAAUUCUCCAUCACAUGGUUUUACACUGGAUUUAAUAAGUCUCAGUGAGUGGGCUGUAUGUAUUUUUGGCCCAAGCAGGAAAGGAGCUUUGGAAGGAGGCUCCUGUGGGGUUGUAGUAGGAUAGAGGAGUAUAUUUUACUGAGGGUGUGAAGGGCCACCACAGGGACACUCAACAGCGGUUCAGAAUCUCAGUAGGGAACCAAUUCUUCAUGAACGUUCCAUUCUCUUGGAAAAGCUGCUCUCUGUUAGUAUUUCUGAGCAUAGUUGCACAUGUAAACUCCAGAGGCCUUAGAUGUUACGCUACGCUGCAGCCUAGAGUAGCUGAUUUUUUAAUUCAUGGUUAUGCUAAUGUCUGACCAUGCUUGAAAUGUUAUUGUCUAACUGCUCUCAGCCUUGCUUGUGCUGGCAGUAUUUAUUUGGUAUUGUUCAUGGCUUAAUUCUGAAUAGAAAAUGCAAAUAUUUGCUUUUAUUCAUAGCUCAGUGUGAUUCUGUAGGCUAAAGAUUACAGGCUGUUGUAUUCAGAAAAAAAUGUGUGCUUGUAUGUGCAGUUAGGAAAAGAUUUAUCAAACGUAAACACUUACAGAUAUUUCAUUUAAAGAGGUCAUCUCAUUACGUGGUGCAAUGCAUUCACAAGCCUGACUAUCUUUCAUAUAGGGAAAACUGUUUAUUGAUCACCCAUCAAUAAAAGCCCAAUUAAAUCAGUCCCUUAUUUAAGGCAGAUCCAUUGUGUAGAUCCUCAUUUAGUUAUGUCAUGUGCUUAAAAACAUGAGACUUCAGUGCUGCUAAAUGUCUCACCUGAGUUUGAAAGUAUAGUGUGUCAUAUGUGUUCUUGUUUAAAAAACACAGGACGUGCAAACUACUAAUCUGCUGACUAGUUCCUGAUAUGAAAAGUGUGCUAUUUCUAUCAAUUAGGAGCAAGUUACAACCUUUACUUGAACUUGAAAGGGAUCUUAGCCUUUUCAGUGUCCUAAUAUGAUGUGACAAACCUGACUCUUUUCUGUGAGAGAGGUUUUUGAAUGCAGUACCAGUAUUUCUGUAGAAACGAGUGACAUUUCUCUCAGUGUAUGUAAUGUAUUUGUCCUAACACCCCUUGUGCGUGUAUGGGAACACUGUUUGUCUUCAGUUUUAUUUGUGUUUUUUUUUUCUUCUCUCCUUGCAUUAUUUUGACCCUCCACCAUGCAUAUUUUGUAUAAUUUAAUAAAUUUGCUUUAAAUCCAUACCUCCUUGUUACUUUAUGCUUAUUUUAUUUCCCCGCUUCUUAUGUGUUUGUGUCUCCUGUGCCUCUGUCAAAUAAAACAGCUCUGCCCUUUCAAACCCACACAACCGCACUGCUCAGAAGCAGCAGCUGUCUUGGCCUAAGCCUUGCUUUCAUAAACGGGUGACUUACAAUGCUAAUGUUUUGCCAGCAGUCCCACCCUGGUACUUGGCUGUCUUGAAUGUUGUAUUACUCACUCGUCUGAUCCAAAGGGCUGGGGAAAGGAAAGGGCUCAGCCGUUUUCCCCUCUAAUGAAUGAGAGCAU